AAACAGAGGUUUUAUUUUUUUUGGCUGAUGCAUAGCAUACAAUUGGAGGGAAUGGAUUUUGAGCGGUUAAAAGUUUCUCUCUCUCUCAGCAAUUUGUUGAUGGAUGAAUAAACAUACGCUCAUAGUCCUUAGCUUCAAGAACAAGAGUGCGCACGAUAAGUGAAUCUUCCUCUUUCCCAUCUGUGCGUUGCUUAACCCACCCCGUCAAAAACACACAACGCGUAAACAAAUCAAAAUCAAAAACUGAUUUUUAUUUUUAUUUUUAUUUUAUUUAUUUAUUUUUGUUAAUGAUCGAUGUCGAAGAUGAAGCAUCUACUAAGAAAGCUCCACAUCGGUGACCAUCACAACCGAUUUGGUGGCGAGACCCGACCCGUUUCGAGUUCAAACACGAGUCCCAGUACCACUCCGAGUCCGUCAAAUGAAAGAAUCGAGCCCGUUGAAUCCACGGCAGUGGAUCGGACGGCAGUCGAAGCGAUUAGUAGUAGUAAUAGUAGUGGGAUUGAUUUUAAUUUAUUAGAGGAGGAAUUUCAAGUGCAAUUGGCUUUAGCGAUUAGUGCGUCGGAUCCGGAUUCGACUCUGGAUACGGAAUCUGCUCAGAUCGAUGCUGCUAAGCGGAUUAGUCUCCGGAGCUGUCCCGUCGUCCCGGUUACUGAUACCGAUUCUCUUGCUGAGUCUCUCUCUCUCCGAUACUGGAGCUAUAGUGUUGUAAAUUAUAAUGAAAAAGUGAUGGAUGGCUUUUAUGAUGUUUGUGGACUUACCUCAAACUCAGUUGUUCAAGGGAAUAUGCCAUUGUUAGUGGAUCUUCAAGCAAUAUCAAUAUCAGAAAAUGUUGAUUAUGAAGUUAUCAUGGUAAACCGAUAUGUUGAUGCUGAACUGCAAGAUCUUGAGAAAAAAGCUUAUAUCAUGUCCCUGGAAAGCACAGUCUCUGAUGGCUUGAUCCAGAAAAUUGCUGAUGUUGUUGUUGAUAGAAUGGGUGGUCCGGUGAGUGAUGCUGGUGAGAUGUCAAGCAGGUGGAAAAGGCGAAGCAAAGAGCUACAGAACACUCUGAACUCUAUCAUUCUACCCCUUGGUUGUCUUGAUGUUGGACUUUCUCGCCACAGGGCCUUGCUCUUUAAGGUGAUAGCUGAUAGGAUUAAUCUCCCAUGUAUGCUGGUUAAAGGGAGCUACUAUACUGGCACUGAUGAUGGAGCUGUAAAUUUGAUUAAGAUGGACGAUGGAAGUGAAUACAUUAUUGAUCUGAUGGGUGCUCCGGGCACUCUAAUUCCUCCUGAGGUGCCCAGCAGCCAUCUUCCAACAGCUGGAUUUGACAUAAGUGGGUUCGCCAGUCUUACAGAAACCCCCAAAGAUUCAACUGCGUUGAUGGGUGAAGGAUCUGGGGUUCCUGCAAUUUCAACUAACCUGGAUAGGAUUCCCCAUGUUGGCAGCUCAACAUCAGGAGAAGGAUUAUAUGUCAGCAUCAAAACAAACGAGAAUGAUCUGAACUUAGUUGAGAAAAAUCAAAUUGAGAAAUUUGAAUAUGAUUUUGGGAAGCUCAGGUUAUCAGGUUCUGAAAAACCUUCAUCUGCACAAAAAAUUAAAGUUAAAAAUGUUUCCAAGUAUGUCAUCAGUGCAGCGAAGAAUCCUGAAUUUGCACAGAAAUUACACGCUGUCUUGUUAGAGAGUGGUGCAUCACCUCCUCCUGAUUUGUUUUCAGAUAUGAAUCUGGGUGAAUCAAAGCUGCUUGAGAAAGCUCACCCAGAAAACAGGGUAAAUCUAGGUGACCAGCUUCUCUGUUGUUUAGAUGACAUGUUGACAGGGCAUGAACAGACCCUUAUGUCCUUAACUAGGGAGGGUAUGUUGAACAACAUUAGGUGUGAUUAUGAACAAGAACAGUUUGCUGAGGGCUCAGCCGAUGAACCUAGAAAAUUGAAUGUGAAUAUCUCAAAUUCUGACUUGUCUUUCCCUUCCGAUGUCACCAGUGAAGGAUUUGUGCUUCUUAAUAAUAGAACAAAUGAAAAUUUGCAAAUAGAUACCUCCGGCAUAGAUAUGGUGUCUAUUCAUGCAUCUGGAAUUGCUGGAAGUGCUAUGCAUGAGAAUCCGCUUCAUGAUUCUUUCUUGUUCUCUGGAUUGGAACCUUGCCAAUUACAACCUGAACAUGCCUUGGUUAGUAGUGAGAACCAGUGCUUUCAGGAGAAAACAGGAAGGCUUUUUAACAUGGAAACUGGCAAAGAAUCUGAUUUCAAAUUGAUGGAAACAGCAAACAGUGGUCUGCAUACUAGCAAUGGUUACAGUGAGAGAAUAAACCCUAUGCUGGGGGAGGUGGCUGAAUGGGAAAUUCCAUGGGAGGAUCUUGAGAUCGGUGAACGUAUAGGCAUUGGUUCAUAUGGCGAGGUCUACCAUGGGGAUUGGAAUGGCACUGAAGUUGCUGUGAAGAAAUUUUUGAACCAGGGUUUCUCUGGUGAUGUGUUGGUUCAGUUCAAAUGUGAAGCUGAAAUCAUGCUAAGAUUAAGACAUCCUAACGUUGUUCUUUUCAUGGGAGCAGUUACUCGUCCCCCGCACUUAUCAAUACUAACUGAGUUCUUGCCCAGAGGGAGUUUGUAUAGGUUACUGCAUCGUCCCAAUUCUCAGAUUGAUGAAAAGAGGCGAAUGCAAAUGGCUCUUGAUGUGGCAAAGGGAAUGAAUUACUUGCACACUAGCCAUCCUACCAUAGUGCAUCGAGAUUUAAAGUCUCCUAAUCUCCUCGUCAACAAAAACUGGCUUGUUAAGGUCUGUGAUUUUGGAUUGUCACGCAUUAAGCACCAUACUUUUCUGUCCUCGAAGUCUACUGCUGGAACGCCUGAAUGGAUGGCACCUGAAGUCCUGAGAAACGAACCAGCAAAUGAGAAAUGUGAUAUAUACAGCUUUGGUGUGAUACUAUGGGAGUUGGCUACGUGUCAAAUCCCUUGGAAAGGCUUAAAUCCAAUGCAGGUUGUGGGAGCUGUUGGAUUCCAAAAUCGACAUCUUGAAAUUCCAGGGUACAUUGAUCCAGCCAUUGCCCAGAUAAUACGAGAUUGUUGGCAAUUGGAGCCAAAUUUGCGACCAUCUUUUGCACAGCUUAUAACCCGUCUUCGAUGCGCUCAACAUCUACUUGUUGAGACACCAAACCAUACAAACCAAACAGCAGACUGACUGGAAAGUGCUACCUCAAUAAUAGUUUGAGCUGUUUUUUUGCUCGAAGAGCUGGAGCAGCAGCAAGUUUUUUCAUUUGAUUUAUAAUAGUAAGAUAAUAUUGGACAGGGAAGUGUUGGUUCAUUCAAAGUGGGGACUCAGCACUGGCCCUCUCAUUGAUCACACAGUGGAGAUCCUCUAAGUUAGUUAAACAACUGCAAUAAGUGCAGUGGAGGAUUCCAUGGAAAGUUUAAAUAUAGGCAACAUCACAUGUUUACAAUUCUUGUAAAAAAAAUCUCUCAACUUCAUCUUUGGAGGUCUUUGCCCUACCCCGGAAUUGUAAACAUGUGAUCUCCACGGAUCAUUGUGGAAUUAAAAAGGAAAAACAAACAAAAAAAAACAAUUAUGUUCUGGGCAUGUGUAUAUUUUCUUUGUUCUAUUUCAGCUCGUCGUAUCAAGUUUAGAUUUAUCAUCUAUGAGAUGAAUUUUCAUCAGAUAAAGCAAAUGUAGAGUCUAACCCUUUCGACCGCAAAUGGGCACGAAAAGCUUACAUGACUGUAACAGAUACUUAUGGCCUCCUGAGCACUGUUUAAUCUUUGCAUAGAAUGAAAUUGCUUCUCCAUGUUUCCUA